CGGCAUGUGUGCAAAUGCAACCUGGGCGGUUGUGCCAGACUUCUGCAGCAUAAGGCAGCGUGGCCCAGCUUGAUGUCCGUGCCCGCAGGAUUGAGACAGCAGGAGCCGUGGCAUGCUCAGGAGAGUGGGACUGUCUCUGCGUCACUUCUUGCUGGAGAGGAAGAGCUGUGCUGGAUAUAGCUCGUACUCCGGCGAGGCAAAAAUGUCAAGGCCAGUGCAAGCUCGGAGGCUGGAGGGAAUAGAUAAGAAUAUCUGGGUGGAGUUUGUAAAACUGGCUGCCACCUACUCCACGGUGAACCUGGGCCAGGGCUUCCCCGACUUUCCCCCACCGGACUUUCUGAAGGAGGCGUUCGUGGGAGCCCUCAGCGGGGAGAACCACAUGCUGCACCAGUACACCCGUGCCUUCGGCCACCCACCUCUGGUGAAGAUCCUAGCCCAGUUUUUUGGGAAGCUGCUUGGACGAGACCUGGACCCUAUGACCGAUGUGAUGGUGACUGUGGGGGCGUACCAGGCCCUUUUCUGCUGCUUCCAGGCUUUCGUUGAUGAAGGCGAUGAGGUGAUAAUCAUUGAGCCCUUCUUUGACUGCUAUGAGCCGAUGGUGAAAAUGGCUGGUGGGACGCCCGUGUUUGUCCCGCUGAGACCGAAAGCUCCAAAAGAUGGAAAAUUGAUGUCUAGUGCAGACUGGCAGCUGGACCCGGCUGAACUGGCUUCUAAAUUCAGCAAACGGACAAAAGCCAUCAUCCUGAACUCUCCCAACAACCCUCUGGGCAAGGUGUUCAACCGAGGGGAGCUGGAGCUCAUUGCAGACCUGUGUGUCAAGCAUGACAUCCUGUGCAUCAGCGACGAAGUGUACGAGUGGCUGGUCUACGAUGGGAAGGAGCACAUCCGCAUCGCCAGCUUGCAAGGGAUGUGGGACCGCACGGUGAUCAUCGGGAGUGCUGGGAAAACCUUCAGUGCCACUGGAUGGAAGGUGGGCUGGACCGUGGGACCCAACCGGCUGCUGCAGCACCUCCGUACCGUGCACCAAAACUCAGUCUACCACUGCGCCACGGUUGCCCAGGAGGCCGUGGCUCAGGGUUUCCAGAGGGAGCUCGAGCGCUACGGGAAACCAGACAGCUACUUCGUCCAACUGCCCAAGGAGCUGCAGCAGAAGAGAGACUGGCUGGUCCAGAGCCUGGAUGCUGUGGGGAUGAAACCCAUCGUCCCUGAAGGCACCUACUUCUUGGUGGCAGACAUCUCCGAGUUCAAAUCUGACGUCCCUGAUGUCCCCAACUCCGAUGAGCCCUACGACUCCAGAUUUGCAAAGUGGAUGGUCAAGAACAAGGGACUUGCCGCCAUCCCGCUCUCCGCUUUCUACUGCGGGCCCCACAAGAACAACUACAACCAUUUCAUCCGGUUCUGCUUCGCAAAGGAGGAAGCUACACUGAAGGCAGCAAACGACAUAUUGCAAAAAUGGAAACGGGAGAAAACUAGUCCCUGAGCGCACUGGAGAGAGAACCAGUCUCUCCUUUGUCCUCACCCACCACGACCGCUGUUCUUCCUUUUCCGUUGCUUGGCUACAAACUUCGACACAUCCUUAUUUUUGUGCUUUCAACCACAUUUUCUGUCAGACAAACGGGUAAGAGAUUUGCCAGGCCCAGGGUCUGGGGGACACUUUCUGUCACUGUGAAA